UUGACAACGCUCUGUAAGACCUUUGUGGCCCGCUGCCGUAUUGUGCCCGAGCAGGGGAGGCCAGCAGGCCUUCGUCCUGCGCAGUGGGCUCCCUGCCUCUUGAAAGUUCAUUCAUUUUACGCAGUCCGAUCCACCUCCUCACCUCCAAAAAGCUGCCGCCUCCGAUCUGAUCGGGGGGAGCGGAGACCCGAGACGUUACCGGGCGCAGCCCUACUGCGGCCAUUUUAUCGCCUGGGGGCCGGGGGACGCCGGCGGCCCCGCUCCGCCUGGGGACGGGCGAGCCAGGGUUCCGGGGAGGCCCCGCCGCGCCGUUCAUGGAGGAGAGGGGCGGCAGCGCAGCGCGCACCGCUUCCUCGUCCUCCCCCUCGGCUCGGAAGCGCCUCCGCCGGAGCCCCGGCCAGGCCCGUCUCCCUCGCCGGACGCCAUCGGCGGCUGCAGGGCCGGGCCCGGCCGGCAUCGGCGCGGGGGGCUGCGGCGGGCGGGCAGGGUGAGGGAGGAGCGGGCGCGACGCCGCCGCUUUCUCCUGCGCGGGGCCGGAAGGCAGCGCGGCCCGGGCCGCCGUGCGCGCCGUGCGGGAGGAGGGCCGGGCCUCGGCAUCGCCGCCGCUGCGGGUCGGGCAGCCUUCCGCAGUGGGGGUGGGUGAGCGGCGGAGCGCGCAGGCCGGGGGAAGGGCCAGGCCCCGCCGCCUCGCUGGGCGAUGGAGUGAGGCAGCGCGGCUCCGGGAAGAUGGCCGGUGGCGGCGGCGGCGGCGGCUGCAGAGACAGCCUGUUUCUGGAAGCUUUGGAUAGAUCACAGUCCAAGAGAGAUGGAGGUUUUAAAAAUAAUUGGAGCUUUGAUCAUGCAGAAGAAAGUGAAGGAGAUGCAGAGAAAGAUGAGGCAAAUCUGCUCAGCAUAGAUGACAGUGAUGGGCCCUUCAGUCCAAAUGAAGAAAGAAAGUCCUUUCGUUGUCGGCCUGGAGCUGUCGGCAUCAGUGGUGAUUCCAUAAAAACAUACGCGAGGCGAGGCAAAGCUGCAAGCUUGAGACCUUUUAAAGGGAAUGCAAUUGGCCUCAACAUGAUGGGAAAUAGCAAGAAACUGAGUGAAAAUGCUCAGAAUGUGUCUUGUCCUGUAACUGUGGUACAUGGUAGACGCUUUCACCAUGCGCAUGCACAGACAACAGUAGUAAAAACGGCAGCCCAAAGCAAUCUGGACCGAAAGGAAAGAAAAGAAUAUCCUCCUCAGCUUCAGAAAGUAGAAGCAGACCACAUUAGGUUACCACGGCCUCAAGGACUGGACAAUGUUAUGGAAAAUACAGAAGAGUCAGAAUCAGAAUCAGAAUCUGAAAUUAAGAGAAAGGUGCAACAAAAACGUCACUGCAACUCUUUUCAAUCUGACUUGUCACUGUCUUCUACAAAAAAAGGCUUGACCCAGUUAAAGCUUUUGGAACCAAUUGAUUAUUCUACUGAUUGCCCAAAUUGUGGACGGGCAAAUGAAAACCAGACCAAAUGUCGACAUUGUGAAAAUGUUUCUCUUAAGGAUUUGCAAAGAGUCUCCAGACAAGCUGGAACAUUAAGUGAAUCUGUGGGACCUCUGUCACGUUCUUCAAUACAUCAGAAUUCAGCGGGACAAAAAUCUUCAGGUACAGGGUUCAGCACAAAGAAGUUUUAUAGUUCUGCUGUUGGGAAAGGUCCAGCAGAUAUUCUACUGAGUAAUGAAGUUGUAGGACAUUCUCUGUUGCGACAGAAUGGAAAAGUUGGUCUUCUAACUGGGACAAAAAAUGCUAAAAUUACAGGAAACUUAAGACAGAGAAACACAAGACCAUCAGAACUAAAUGAUCCAAUUGUUUUAUCUAGUGAUGAUGAUGAGGAGGAGGAUAGUGGCAGCACUAGGAGAAUGGAAAGCAUUUCACCUCGUCCUGCAGAUUCAGCCCGCUCCUCCCCAGCUCCUUCUACAGGAAAGGUGGAAGCAGCGUUAAAGGAAAACAGUUGUGGAAUAGAACAGAGAAUAGGUAGUAUUACAACAGAUACAGAAAUUGCAGUCACGCUACCAAGAAAAGCAAGAAUGAAAGAUCAGUUUGGCAACAUUGUGUCUAACACUCCAAUAAAACGUCGCAAACUUAUUUCUCAAGAAAUUGUAACUGAGGCUGUGCCACCUCUAAAUUAUCAAAAUUCUUGUGAAAGUGUCAUUCUGAACUGUCGAAGUAUACGAAUAGGAACCCUACGAAGAAUGGUGGUGGAACCAGUGAUUUUUUGCCUGGAUUAUAUCAAAAUACGCUUAGAAAGUCAAGAAGAAUCAGACAGUGAUGUCCGAGAAAUCAACCUGAAAACUUCAGAACUUACCAAAUGUGAAUGGUGUAGUGUCAGAAAAUUACCAGUAGUUUUUCUACAAACAGUACCAUCAACCUGUAGUAGCCUGAGAGACCAGCUGAAAAUGAGUAAAGACAAUGUCUGGUAUGAAUGUAAAGGAGACAGUCAAGAAGAACAAUAUAUCAUUUUAAUUUUUGAAACUGGCCUUGAUCCUCAUGCAAACUCAAUAUUUGAAAAAAUAAUCACUGACAUUGGUAUUAGAAAUAAUAUUUCUGACUUCUUCGUGAAAAUUUCCUUUGAAGAAGCCAAUGGCAGACUUGUUGCGUUUACUAAAUGCUUGGAAGACAAUUCCAAAGGAAGCCCUUCUCAUAGAGAAAACAAAAUUAAAAAUGUUGCUCCUGAGUCCAAAGUGCAGCCGCGAAAUAAACAGUUACCAUAUUUUGAUGAUGAAGAAGAAAUUGGAGAACCACAUACAGUAUUUAUUGGUCCCAUAGAAAAGUUGAUAGUUUAUCCACCUCCUCCAGCUAAAGGUGGUAUUUCUGUGACCAAUGAAGACCUCCACUGUCUAAAUGAAGGAGAAUUUUUAAAUGAUGUUAUAAUUGAUUUUUAUUUAAAGUAUUUGGUACUUGAAAAACUGAAAAAAGAAGAUGCUGAUAGAAUACACGUGUUCAGUUCAUUCUUCUAUAAACGCCUUAAUCAAAGAGAAAGAAGAAACAUUCAUGAAACUUCAAACCUCUCAAUACAACAAAAACGACAUGGACGAGUAAAAACGUGGACGCGUCAUGUUGAUAUUUUUGAGAAAGAUUUCAUUUUUGUUCCUCUUAAUGAAGCUGCCCACUGGUUUUUGGCUGUAAUCUGUUUUCCUGGCUUAGAGAAACCCAAAUAUGAACCAAAUCCCCACUACCAUGAAAAUGCUGCAGCACAGAUAAAAUCUUCCUCUUCCGAUGGAGAGAGCAACACACCAUCUCCUUUGCCAAAUGAGUUGGAUACACAAAACUCGCCUUCUAAAUCCACAGCAAAGAAGACAUUGACCAAAAAAUAUAAUACAGCUUUAACUGAUUCAAACACUGAAACACAGGACAGUGAAUCUUCAUGUUGUAGAAGAAGUCCUUGUAGGGUAAAAAGUGGUUUCAAAAAACUAAAUCAAAUAGACAGUGAUGUGGAAGAACCUAAUACUCUUGAAUCAGCAUGCCAUAGACUGGACCAUAGGACUCCAGAUGAAAACGGUAUACAGGGUGAAUUCACAACUGCUAGCCAAUCUAUGGAUGGAUUGCACAAAAUCAGGCUAAACUACAGUGAAGACUCAGCUGAUGGUGGCAAACUAAAUGAAGAUGAGCUUAUAGAUUUUUCUGAAGACCAGGAUAACCAGGAAGACAGUAGUGACGAUGGUGGCCUUCUAGAUGACAACUGUAAUUCAGAAAUGGGACAAUGGCACCUAAAGCCUACUAUCUGCAAACAGCCCUGCAUUUUGCUUAUGGACUCACUGAGAGGCCCUUCCCGGUCAAAUGUCGUGAAAACACUAAGGGAGUAUUUAGAGGUAGAAUGGGAGGUCAGGAAAGGCAAUAAAAGAAGCUUUUCCAAAGAUGUCAUGAAAGGUUCCAACCCCAAAGUGCCGCAACAAAACAACUUCAGUGAUUGUGGAGUGUACAUACUGCAGUAUGUAGAGAGCUUUUUUGAGAAUCCUAUUCUGAGUUUUGAGCUACCAAUGAACUUAACAGACUGGUUUCCACGCCCAAGAAUGAAAACCAAAAGAGAAGAAAUACGAAAAAUCAUCCUGAAGCUGCAGGAACAGCAGAAUAAAGACAAGAAGGGACAAAAGGACCCAGCUUCGGCAGAAAGAUCUUUGCAGGAAAAAACAGAACAACUUCUCAACAGCAGCUCAGACUGAAUGCUGUAUCUGUUGCAUGUUAGCUCCACAGUCAAAACUGAAAUAUGCGUUUUGUCUGCCCAGAUUAAAUAAAGAUUUGGCGUUUUCUCUGCUCAAAGUUACUUGGGAAUGUUUAAUGCCUGUAUAAAUGUGUGUCAUAAAAUGAUUUAAUUUCCACAAAGAUGUGUAUUAAGUAAGCAAGUCUGUACAUAUGUUAAUGAGGCCAACUUUUUCAGCAUUUGUAAUUACUUUUUUCCACUUGUUAGGGAGCUUUUGUUAUGUAUUUCUGUUAAUAGAACUUAAAUAGCAACUUCUAAACAUAAAGCAAAUAAAGAAAAUAUUUAUAGGAUAAAAUGGUUAACUUUUUCUUUUUCAGUAAAGCUGUAAUGUUACAGGCUUACGUAACACAUAGGGAAUGAUUUGGUAGAAAGAUAAUUCAUAUUUUGACCCUAUUUAGUUGCCCUUUACAAGAUUAUUCUGCUUGCGCUAUGAACAGUAAUAUGGGUAAGUGUCUCAGUGUACCAUGGCCUCAGAGAGGGUGAUUCCCAUCCUCACAGUAUCUAAGUGUAGGCAGCGUAAUAGUUAAUAGGACUGCUUCAGAUUUGGGAUUUUAAAAGAUACGCAUUGCAAUUAAAAUUCCACACUUGCUUUAGUGGGACGGGCUAGGGGAAGGGGGAGAAUGCUCUUUGACCAGAGAUUACUAUUCAAACAGUAUUAUAAAAGUGGUUUCAAUGAAGUGAUCUUGAGUGAUACUAUUAAAUCAUAUUUUGUGGAUCCCAAUUGUUGUACAGGUGUAUUUUGAGACUUUCUUCAUUAUAAAAUUGUAUUUUGGUAAGUGUACUUGGAAUAGCAGAUUGCCCACAUUACAUUUUCUAUGUUACAAUUCUGAAUGUUACAUUCAUAUGUGCUUUAUCUAAGUAAUGAACAUUUAAAAAAAAAAAGUGUAUGAUUACUAUUUUUUGUAAUAUCCACGCAAAAAAAAAAAAAAAAAAAAAAAAAAAAAACCAAACCAAAAUACCAGUGUUCAUUGCUUGCUUGUUUGUUCUUGGCUUUAGAUAGCAUCAGACUAAUGCUGGGAUUUGUUUGGAUAUUUCCAGUGUGUUUUGAUUUUAAAAUAGUUUAAAAUGCCAUUGUUGCUUACAGGGCAAACAGCCUUUUAUCCUUGUUAAAAAGGCUUUGGUAUUCAAAUGAGUAAAAUAAGAAAUGGCUCUUACAAGGAGAUGUAUAUCCAGUCUGCUGCUAGUUUAGAUGUCUUUGAAUGGAGCUGGAAGCUGUCCCUUUCUGGGAUGGAGUCUCUCAUGGGAGGAGAGGGGCCUUCUGUCCUUCCUUGGACACAGUGUUUUCUCUUCUGGUUCUUCCCUGGAAGUGUAAUUUGUAAUUCCCUUCUCCCCAACGGAAACAGCAGAGACUUCCUUAGCUGAACUGUGUACCCCAAGACCAGUUUUUAUACACAAGAUCAAGUGUACUUGAAACCCCAGUACCUGAGGUUCUCCGUGACUUUCCAUUCUCCCUGAACCAUGAAAACAUGGCUGCUAAUGACAUUACUGCCAGGGCAUUUCUCAAAGUGGGUUCACUCACUGAGGCAGUGAUUGCAUAUAGAGCAAUACAGCCAUGAGCUGCUAACUUUUUGCACAGGUGACCCAUGGGAUUUGGGGAGGACUUGUUCAUUCCCUCAUCUCUUCUUACACAGACUCUGGCCCCCAUACAUAUGUAAGGACCACAUGUCUCUUACACAUGACUCCUACACGGGUUUCUUGUUCAAAAUGUGUGGGGGCAAUCUUCUGGUUUACAAAUUAAGUAUGUAAGGCACACAUGUAGGAGUUAUUUCCUCCAUGGAAUUAGUCUUCUUGCCGUAAAAAAUAAAUAAAGAAUAUAAGUACUAAAAUAA